GUAUCAGGUAGGGAAAAAAAAUGAAUUUCGAGGAGGUCGCCAGCGAAAGCAGCGACGGCAGUAACUUGCAGUUCUGGCGAGCCAUUGGGAUCUGGCUGAGGAACCCUCACGUCGUUAACCGUCGGAUCCUGGGGUUUCACGAGCUGCUGGUGGCCCGGGUGUGCCGCGACAUUCCGGAUAUUCUCGAGCACGUUGAGAAGCUGCGGGUCAAACCCGAGGAUUUUGAGGGCGACUCAUCCGCGGCGGACGCGAAGCACUUUUCAGACAUCCUGGGCCUCGCCGAGUAUUGCCAGUUGGUUCAGCGCGCGGACCCGGUCGAGGCGGCGGACGACGUCGGGACGUAUCUGCGCGUGAGGAAGCUGCUGCCGCGCAACACGCAGAUAUUCUCGUCCACGUUGGAAUUCCUGUUCGUCGACAGAGGAUCGACGAGCGUUACCAGUUUCCACAAACCGAUCGUCCCGCGUGAGCAGUCCCUGGGCCCGAAUACGGCCUACAGGAUACGGCACCGCGAGUACGUCUCUACGUGUAUAGACGUGCGCGAAACGGACGGCGGUAGCCGCGGCGGCCGCGACUGGCUGAGAUCCAAGUUCUUGCCGCGGUUGACGAGAUGGAUGGACACCGAGCACGGUGCCGUCGAUCAGAGGAUCAGCUCCCUCAGCCUCGUCUCCGUCGAGAGGUACACCCAGCUGUACAAUCGGCUCAAGGGCAAGUACGGCGCGGGAAUGGUGAGCGCGUGGCCGGAGAACACGGACCCGGCGAAAUUCGUCUACGAGGACGUCGCGAUCGCGACUUACCUGCUGCUGCUCUGGGAGAAGGAGAGGCUGGAGACGGGCGCCCAGGAGCCGCAGUCGUUCGUCGAUCUCGGCUGCGGGAACGGCCUUCUCGUCCACAUCUUGUCUAGCGAGGGUCACAGGGGGACGGGGAUCGAUUUGCGCAGGCGGAAGAUCUGGGAUCUGUUCCCGGAGGGCACUCGCUUACAAGUCGGCACCAUCGUUCCAUCCUCGGACACGGUCUUCCCCGGCGUGGAUUGGGUCAUAGGGAAUCACUCGGACGAGCUCACCCCGUGGAUUCCGGUGAUCGCCGCGCGCAGUUCCUACGAGUGCCGGUUUUUCCUGUUGCCGUGCUGCGCCUACGAAUUCGACGGCAGCAAGUAUCGGCGGCGCAUCGCCAGCGAGAGCCAGUACUCGGAUUACAUGAGCUACGUUAGAGGCGUGUGCGAGGGCUGCGGUUUCCUCACACUGACGGACAGACUGCGAAUCCCGUCGACCAAGCGGAUCUGUUUCGUCGGAUGGAAGAGGACAUACGCGAGGGAGAAUAUCGCGGCGCUGGACGCCGAGAUCCAAAGGAUCAUAAACGCGCGAUCCCAAGUGGACAGCGCAAAGACCGGGACGGAGAACGGCGAGCCGUGGUCCGCGAGCUUCAAACCGAGGGACUCGACGGAACGAACGCGGAACUGCACGCAGUUGGACAAAGGGCUGGUCCUGGAGAUAGUCAACGCGGUCGCGGCGCACCUCCUCCGCGCGGGUCGCAGGAUACCGUUGGAGCGGAGACCCGGUGCAACGUGGAACGCCGGCGGGCAGAUCGACGUCGGCGAGGCGGCGAAGCUGAUCGCGCCCUGGUUGCUGCUGCGGCUGCGAAACGAGUGCGGCGGGCUGCAAACUCUAUUGAAGAAUCACAGUCAUAUCUUCAACGUCGGUCAGGGAAAAGUGCAGUUUAGGAUUCCCGGCACGGUUGACAAGCAGAAGCGAAGGAGACGGAACGCUAGCGCGCCUCUGAGGAAGGUGAAGCCUUGCUGGUUUCACGAGAACCAUCCGGACGGGUGUCCCGCUCUUGAGGUCGACUGCAACUUCCAGCACUGAGUUCCUUUUGUCGCGUGUUGUUCUACGUUGCGAGGUUUUUUUUAUACUCAUCUAAGUCAAACGUGCGACUGCCAGCACUGAAUCCCCUUUGUCGUCUGUUGUUCUACGUUGCAAAGUUUUACAUACUUAUCCAAGUCAAACGUGUUGUGUAACAGUGUUUUAUUUUGAAGAAAGAUAAAUGGCGGUUCUGAAAUAAAAAUUCUCAUGCAACAA